CGGCGGGGACGGGGGUGAGGCGGUGGGAGCUGCGCUGUUCCUCGCAGCCCGAAUCAUCGCGGAGCCGCACGUUCCGCUGGAAAAGUGGGAAUAUCGGGGAGAGGGAGAGGGAGGAGAGAGAGGAGCCGCUGCCUCCUCCCGGCGGGAGAACCUGGGGAGCCGAGCAGACCCAGAGCUUCCACAUCAGCAGGGAAGCGAUCCCUCCCCGCGGCGCCGGCAGGGAGCAGCGGGAGCUCCCAGAUUCCAUCAGGAAUUAGGGAAAUCCCGGGAACAGGAGAGGUUUUCCCUGAGGUUAUUCCUGGGGGCUCGCAGCCCACCCACCGCUGAGCCCCGCGGUUGGGUUGGCUCCGAUUUGGGCGCCCCCUUCCCUUUCCUCGGCUUUCCAGAGGGAGAAAAUCAGCCAGGGUGGCCUUUCCUGGGAAUUCUAGGAACAUUCCCAGCUUUUUCACACCCCAGAGUUGUCCCGUGGCCCUGACGCGGAGCUGUGUCCGCGGAGGGACAGCAAAGGGAGCGCUCAGAGCAUCCCAAAUCCAGGUUCUGUCCUUCCCUCAUUCCCAGGACAGCAAAAGGAGGGCUCAGAGCAUCCCAAAUCCAGGUUCAGCCCUUCCCUCAUUCCCGAGACAGCAAAGAGAGCGCUCAGAGCAUCCCAAAUCCAGGGUCUGUCCUCCCCUCAUUCCCGAGACAGCAAAGGGAGCGCUCAGAGCAUCCCAAAUCCAGAGCCACGGCCCGGCUCCAGCCCUUCCCGCAUUCCCGGCGCAGCUGGGGCCGCGUGUCUGGCUCCGAGGGUUCCCUCCGGCUUUGAAGGGAGAGAUAAAACCGAGCCCGGGAGCCAGGGAGCAGCUCCCGGACACAAUGUGCUCCAUUGUGCAAUUCCAGAGGGAAGGAUGGAGAGGGGGAAAGGGGGGAGACACCCCCCGAGGGGCUCUGGGGGCUGGGCAGGAGCCGAGGCACAAACCCUGAGCAGGUGGAGGGGUCAAGGCCGCCUUGGUGCAGCUCUUUUGGGGGAGAAAAGGGAUUUUUCCAGAUGUUUCUGCAGGUGGGAUGAGGCCGGGAAGAGGCUGCGGGAAGGGAUUUGCCAUGGAUCCCUUGGAGGGGACACUCACACAGAGCCAGCGGGGCCGGAGAGGGGGCUCAGCCCCACAAAAGGCUUUUCCCAGCCCCCGAGGGCAGCGGGAGCCAGCGGGGCGAGCCGAGAGCCGUCCCCGCUCCGAUGAGCCCUGGGAGAGGCGGAAAUCCAGGGAAAACAGGGCUGGAAUUUAACAAAAGCCAAAUCCUGCUGACACAAAACGGGGUCCCUGCAGCGCCAUGCCUUGGGCCACCACCCUCAUCCUCAUCCUGGCCGGGCUCUGCAGCUCGGCCCUGGGCCAGUACAACGAGGAGGAGGACCUGGCGUGGCUCCAGUACUACCUGCGGCAGUCCCGCGUCUCCUCCUACAACUACGUGCCCUACUACGAGGAGGAGAGCCCCGCGUACGCCUACUCCUACCCCUCCGCCACCGACAGCGAGCCCGAGCCCGAGCCGGAGCCGCAGCAAGCCGCGCCCUGGCGGUGUCCCCAGGAGUGUGACUGUCCCCCCAACUUCUCCUCGGCCAUGUACUGUGACACGCGGAACCUGCGGUACCUCCCGUUCGUGCCCUCGCGGAUGAAAUACGUCUAUUUCCAGAAUAACCUGAUCACCUCCAUCCAGGAGGGAGCCUUCGACAACGCCACGGAGCUGGAGUGGCUGGCGCUGCACAACAACCAGAUCAGCAGCGAAAAGAUGGGGAAAAGGGUUUUUGGGAAGCUGCAGCGCCUGGAGAGGCUCUACAUGAACAACAACAACCUGACCAGGCUGCCCGCGCCGCUGCCGCGCUCGCUGCGCGAGCUCCACCUCUCCUACAACCACAUCUCCAAGGUGCCUUCCAACGCUCUGGAGGGGCUGGAGAACCUCACGGCGCUGUACCUCAGCCACAACUUCAUCUUCGAGCUGGGUGCCUCCCUCAAGGGGCUCAAGUCGUUGAUCCUGGCCGACCUGAGCUACAACAACCUCAGGAAGGUCCCCGACGGGCUCCCGGCGUCCCUGGAGCAGCUGUACCUGGAGUACAACUACAUCAACGCCAUCCCCGACGAUUAUUUCCAGGUGUCCCCCAGGCUGCUCUACGUGAGGAUGUCCCACAACAGCCUGACCAACCAAGGGCUCUCCAGCAACACCUUCAACAGCAGCAGCAUCCUGGAGCUGGACCUCUCCUACAACCGGCUCCAGAAGAUCCCGCGGGUCAACACCAACCUGGAGAACCUCUACCUGCAGGGGAACCAGAUCAACGAGUUCUCCAUCAGCAGUUUCUGCUCCGUGGUGGAUGUCAUGAACUACUCCCGGCUCCAGGUGCUGCGGCUCGACGGCAACGAGAUCAAGAGGAACGCGGUGCCCCCGGACGCGCCGCUGUGCCUGCGCCGGGCCACCGUCAUCGAGAUCUGACCCGGCCCUGCCACCCUCAGGACUCGUGUCCCUCAUUCCCAGGGAUUCCCUCCUUCCCGCUUUUCCAUCCGACUCGGCUUGGCAGCAGCGCAAUCACAGCGCGCUCCCGGUUUUCCCCAAAUUCUCCCUUUUUCCGCCCAGAUCCCAGCUCGGAGCCCUCUCGGAGCCCGCCACGGAGCGCUGUGCCCGCUGUGGCACCCCAGGAUUGGGGUGGGACGCAGCAGGGAUGGGGCUCAUCCCACCUUGGAAAUCCGGGAAUCCCAGUCCCGAUCCCAAAAGCGGAUCUGAACCCCCUGGGCCAGCGGUCCCUGGAGCAUCCAAGGGGUCGGGAGCUGCAGGAGUGAAGGGUUAAAGAUCUCCAGGCUGGAGGGUCCCUCAGUGUGGGAUGGGGAGGAGCAAAUCCAUCCUUUCCCUUUCUUUUUUCCCCCCUUUUCCAUCAACCUGCUCCAGAAUUAACGGAGAGAAACCCUAAAGGAGAGAAACCUUCCCUGGGGUCAGAGGGAAACCCCCCGAGGAACAGCCUGGGCAUGGGGGGGGUCCCAAAUCUUCCUCCCAAACGCCUGGAUCAGGGCAGGAUGAGGAAAAUCCUGGUGCUGUCACUCCCCCCCGCCCGGAGCUGUCCUGGAAAAUCCUGGAGUUGUCACCCCUGGAGUUGUCACCCCCAGCUGCCUGGGCACCCCUCCCUGAGCUCCCUCCCUGCCCAGGCCCCCGGGGUACCCCAAUCAAACCCCCAAAACUAAUCACAGAGCCACCUCGGAAUUCACCAAAAAAUCCCAAAAUCCCCAACUGGGACCCUCAGCCGGCUGAGUUUGAGGAGGGAAGGGGCAGCUGAGCUUUGGGGGUGACCUGUCCAGGCGGUCACCCGCGCCCUCCGCGUUGUUCCUGCAUGCAAAACAUUAAAAAAAACCACCCCAAAAUCCCAUCAUUUCACCAGCAUGAACUGUCAACCCCCAAACCAUCAAUAAAACCCUUCCAGUACCUGCAGCCAGCGCGUCCCGGGAGCCCUCCGAGCCCUGCAGCCUCUCCUCUUCUCCAGGAUGGUUUUCCAGCCAUAAUCCAGGCUGGAAUUGCCGUCUAGUGGCUGUCCCGGGCAUGGCACGGAGCUCUCCCGAGGAGCUGCUGCUCCACCGCAUUUCCCGGGGAAAUAGCGGGGAAAA